GUCCAUUAAGCGGCGCUAGAAAAACUAUCAAUAAUAUUCCGUAGAAGAAGAAAAAGCGGAAGCAGGACAAACAAACAUUGUCAGGACCAUGAAGGUUGGAAGUUGAUGUGUCCAACAGCAUCAGACAUGUCAGUCCACUGCCUCCUGCGCUGCACCGCCAGGCUGGAAAGAAGACGUGUGGCCACGUGUCUGUUCCAGCAGAGGGCUCUGUCGGGGGCGGACGCCAUCAAUGCCCUCAGACCGUUUUACUUUGCCGUCCAUCCCGACUUCUUUGGUCAACAUCCCAAGGAGCGGGAAGUGAAUGAAAAUUCCUUAAAGGGAUUAAAUGGCUAUUUGGAAAACCUUCAGAAGCCUGGCUCACGUUUUGUUCAGCCAGUAAAGCUGACAUUUUAUGUACGAGACACAAAGGACAACAGUGACAUCCGUGCUUCAGGCUUCCGUUCAGUGACAUUUGUGCUGCAUACAGAUGAUGUCCUGAGCACGGUGACUAAUGUGUUGAAGUCCUGCAGUCUGCCUAUGGAGCACAUGAAGGGACUUGAAUCGGACGCCGGAGCCGCCAAAGGUCCGUCUGGAGGGACCGUUCCUUUUUACAGAGCCAUCAAGUGGGACAAGAGCUACUACACCUUCACUGGCUUCGCAGACCCUGAGGAGGAACUGCAUCAGGCCAGAAGAGUGGAGCCUCGGCUCUGCUUGUGGCUUCAAAACAAUGAGCCGGAGGCUUCAAAGAAGCACAAUGAAAGUCUUCCUCGGAGGGACGAACUGAAACGAUUGAAAGAGGAACUGUGCCGCAAAUUUGACCUGGCUGACAUCAGGUGGCAGCGCAGCUGGGGCGUGGCCCACAGGUACUCUCAGCUUCAGAGCCUGAGCCGAUUGUCAGUGCAGAAUCUGGAAGCCAUGAUGAACCUACAAGGUCACACGGUCAUUUUUGCUGACCAAUCAGAGAUGAGCGCCUCUGGACACGUUCUGUUGGGAACCAUGGACGUUCAUCAUCAGUGGACCAAACUGAUUGAGCAGCUUCCCAGCUUCUGCAGCCUGCAGCAGCAGACCGAGUGGCUCAAGGAGAGGAUCAGCCUCCUCCUAGGGGGGACCCGGGUGGUUCACAUGGAGCGGCUGAGACCAGUCCAGCCCAUCUUGGAGCUCUACGAUGCUCUCAACACCUUCCACAGCAAUCUCAUUUCCAGGAGGCUGAGUCUACACCCCAGAAGUCUGGAGGGGCUCACCAUGAUGUUGGAGAAGGAGUGUUCUAGUCCCAGACUUCAUGAGAUGGGACACUUCAUCAUACCGACCAACUGUGACCCUCAGAGCCUUCAGGCCUUCCUCCUGAGCCACGCCUCCAAGGCUAGACAACGAACUCAGCGUAGAAAUUUGUUGUUGGCAGAGGAAGAGGCUGUCAAGAAGCUGUGUCUCCAGAGCUUUUCUCUCCGGACUCUGUCCAAGGAGCCCAGUGUCACCUCCAGUCAGAUGAUUCUUUGCUGUAAAAGGUUAUUGGACCAUCGCUCACCUCUCAUGCAGGGCCUUCAUAUCCGUGUUUCCCAUUUCUACUCGGUGAUGCAGGACGGAGACCUGUGCAUCCCCUGGGACUGGAAAAGUUGAGUCAAGACUUAGGUUUUGCCAGAUGCCGUAUAAUUAUGAUUAUCGGAAAGAUGCGAUAUCCAUUGGUUUUCAACUGGAGUUUGUGAAGAAAGUUCAGCGGUCGGUCUGUUCAAGGUAACUAAGUAGGAAUCGGUUCAAAGUAUGCACUUUAAUCACUCUUGAAUCAAGAAGGAGCCAUGGCAAGUAUACUUGAUUGUUAUCAUGAGCAGUUUUGGAAUCUGUGCAAUCCGUCAGGUGAACGCAAGUACAACUUUACAGGCAGGUCAGUUCUUAGGACUUGUGCUGUGAAGGUUUAUUGUGCAGAAGUUUUUAUAAAAUAGUUUUAUGGAAAUUAAACCCCGCCUUUUGAGUGCAUAAGCGAAUUUGUGCUGAGGAAAAUGUAGACUGUUGUCAUGGACAUUUCUUUAAUCUUCUGCCUCAUGGCUACGUACCGUAAGAGAAGAACUUGAAAGAAUGGCUACCCCUAGUGGAGGAAAGUAGCGAAUGUUGUGUAAACAGGAGGUCAAGGUGACUUGUAACAUUUCCUGCAAACGUCUUUACCCGUUUAAGAAAACGUGUAUUUACUAAGUCAUUUUGUUGAUUCAAACGAGUUGUUACGGACUCAUCUUAGACUUGGUGUGUUGCGAACGAGUUCACGUAAGAAAGCAAAGUGAAAGUGAGCAUGUUUAUUUUCAGAUUGUUAUGUAGCGAGCAUAUUGUGUAUUCAAUGUUGACAUAAGGCUACUACAUAAAUAAAAAUAUUUUUUAAAAGUUCAA